AUCUCGGGCUCGAUCAUCCCAGCAGGGAUCGCCAGGGACUCAAGGAUACGCCUUGCCUCUCCCAUUGUUAUAAUCGGCCUGUUUCACCCGCAUGACUGGAGGCUAACCAUGGCUGAGGAUUUGUCCGGGCUGUUCGCCGAAUCCGAACUCACCCUGCUGGACGGGACGCUGGCCCGCACCGAGGGCCCGUUGUGGCAUCCCGGUGGCUAUCUAACCUUCGUGGAUCUGGGCCGGGAACAGUUGCUCAAGUGGGAUCCCAAAACGCGCGAAACCACCGUGGUCCGCGAGAACACCGGCGAGGGCAACGGCUGCACCCUGGACCGCCAGGGGAACCUGCUGAUGUGUGAAGGAGCGGAUCAUCGGUGCGUGACUCGUAUGGAUGCGGACGGCAACGUCACUUCCAUUGCGGACCGUUGGGACGGCAAGCGGUUCAACAAGCCCAACGACGUGAUCUGCCGCACCGAUGGGACACUCUUUUUCACCGACCCGCACCUCCGUUUUCCGGAAGAACUCCGCGAGAUCCCUUUCGCCGGCAUUUACCGCGUCGAUCUCUCCUGCAAUGUGCACCUGGCAACGGACGAGUGCGAGUACGCAAACGGUCUCGCGCUGUCACCCGACGAAUCGGUCCUGUACGUCGCCAUAAGCCGCGCGGAGCCCGCGGACUUUGACCGCGAAGAAAGAGGCGAGUUCUGCCCGAAUCGCCGCAUCCGCUCCUUCGACGUGGCCGCCGACGGGACCUUGAGCGGCAAUCGGAUCCUCAUAGAGAUGGGCUCGGAGGCUCCCGGUGUGCCCGACGGCAUGAAGGUCGACACGGCCGGCCGGGUAUGGUGCACCGGUUCCGGCGGAGUUUGGAUCGUUUCGCCUGGCGGAGAGCGCCUGGGAGUGCUUGAAACACCGGAAGUCACCAGGAACAUCUGCUUUGGCGGCGACGAUAUGCGGACACUAUUCCUCACCUCCGGCCAGUCGCUCUACAGCAUCGGUGUCCAGACCCCGGGUAUCCCCGCCUUCUGA